AUGAAUUUAAUGGGAGGGUUUUACAAGCUGGAAGGGGAAGAAGAAGAUGCAGCAGCGACAGAUCAGGUGGAGAGGGAGCACAUGUUCGACAAGGUCGUGACUCCGAGCGACGUGGGGAAGCUUAACCGGCUCGUGAUCCCGAAGCAGCACGCGGAGAAGUACUUUCCCCUCGACUACUCUUCAUCGUCAUCGUCCGGUGAGAAGGGGCUUCUCCUAAACUUCGAGGACAGCAACGGCAAGUCGUGGAGGUUCAGAUACUCGUACUGGAAUAGCAGCCAGAGCUACGUGAUGACAAAGGGGUGGAGCCGUUUCGUGAAGGAGAAGAAGCUAGAUGCUGGGGACAUAGUCUCCUUCCACCGCGGCCCGGGAGACCGCCUCUUCAUAGACUGGCGCCGCAGGCCGGAUGCUCCAAUAACACCUCACUCCGCACAGCGCCCCUCCUUGUUGUUUUUGCCUUCUCCUUCACACGGAUACGGAUACGGAAUAGUGACAGGGAACCCUUGUCCACCCUAUCUGAUGAGCAGGCCUAUUAAUCCUCCUCUGCUGGCCUGGCCUCACAUCAAUCAUCCCCAGCAUCAACAACAACAACAACAACAACAACAGAUGGUGUUCGAUUCAGUGCCUGUGGUGCAAGGGAAAGCGGCUGCAGCCAAUUGCAAGCGACUGAGGCUGUUCGGGGUCAACAUGGACUACUGCCCCACAGAUGAUGAUAAUAUUUCAUCAUCCAUCCCACUGCAAUUACUGCCCUCAUCAUCAUCAUCUUCUUCAACUCUCCCUCACCACGAUGAUAAUACUACAAAAGGGAAGGCCUCCGCCUCCAUGUCGUUGGACUUGGAUAUCUGA